CACUCUUUCUCCCCUCUUUUCUGCAUUCCGGGCCUUUUCCUCUUCUCUCCCCAGUAUGGCCCGAAACUACAGAAGGGGAGCCCCUCCUGGCCCGGCCUUUGUAGUCCUGGGCUUGAGUGAUUCCGCAUGAGCUUCUGGAAAAUUUCUUCCACAAUUUUUGGUAAUUCUCAGCAGGAGAGUUGUUCCAGGGCUCUAAUCCAUCACACUUCAAGAAACAGAAGAUAUGGGUCUUAUUCUGUUUUUCAGGCUGGAGUCCUGGAGUGCAGUGGCACAAUUUCCACUCACUGCAGCCUCAACCUCCUGGGCUCAAAUGAUCCUCCUGUCUUGUCCUUCCAAAGUACUGGGAUUACAGUAGUUUCAUUUCAGUCUCAUAAUGAAGACCUGGAAAAAGAUAAAACAUCACAAAACUGCCUAGGAAGAGGAAUGGAACAAGUAGCAAAGAAGUUAGGAGGGGCCCAUGAAGAGAUUCAAAGGCUCACUGACCAACUACAAGUGAAGGAGAAAGAACAGUGUAAAUUAGAUUCUGCACUUAAGAAGUCUCAACUAGAAAUUGAAAAAUUGAAGGAGAAUUUGGUAAAGCAUAAAGAAAAUGAUGCAGCUGACCUACAGAAAGCAAAGGAACAUAAUCAGAGACUGGAUGAGGAAAUUCUAGCUUUAAGAAAUAGGGUUCGAUCACUUGACUCAGAAAAAAAACUGCUUGGUGAAAUGGUUGAGAAACUUAAAGGAGUGGUGUGUGAAUCUCAAGAGAAUAAGCAACUUGGAAACCACUCCCCUGGAAAAACUACGGGUGCUGAACGGAGAGAACAGAUCUGGAAAAUGAACCAAGAAAAAAAUGAAAUAUUUGAAAGUAAGUGGUAAAGAGAGAGAGAGAAGCAGUUGGCAUUUGGUCUUGACACUGCAGAGAAGGCCUUGAAAGUUGAAAGCGAGGAAUUGCAAAAAUCAAAGUCAGAGCUCAUAUGCCUUUAUAAUGAAGUUCACAAUCUUCCAGGGACAUCAGAAAGCAGAUACCAUUUUUUAAUAGCAUGGGACCUAUUGCAAAAAGAGAAUUCUGAAUUAGAAACAAAGGUCUUGAAGCUUUCAUAAGAAUUUGCACAAUUAAAUCAUUUUAUUCUAGGGGAAAAAACUACAACUGCUAAUUUAAUUAAAAGUGAAAAUAUCUGUAAAGAUCCUGAGCCUAACGAGCCAAUUUUGGAAGCAGAAAUUCAAACCCCAAAGGAAGAGAGAGAGGAACUCUGUCCCAAAUUAGGAGAAAGAAAGCAGAAGGAAAUUCGAGAGUCAGUAAAGGAGGGCACUUUUCCAAAAGAGGGCCAGAAGGAGGAGGGCUCACAACAGAAUGGAGAUAUGAAAGAUGAAGAAAAAGAACAGCAGUUGCCCAUGAAGCCUGAGGAGGCUGUGAGGCUUAGAGAAGAGCUGAGCCGCAUAAAUCAGAGCCUCCUUCAGUCUCAGAGCUCUGGGGAUAGUUCAGAUGACAGUGAUGCCCAGCAUCCAUCAUCUGGAGAAAAACUAAAAUACAACCAGCAAGAGGAAGUACAGCAACUUCGCCAGAAUUUGCACCGGCUCCAGGUUCUAUGCAACUCAGCUGAAAAUGAGCUUCGAUAUGAACGAGGGAAGAACUUGGACUUAAAGCAACAUAAUAGCUUACUUCAGGAAGAAAACAUCAAGAUAAAGAUUGAACUAAAGCAUGCCCAACAGAAGUUAUUAGACAGUACAAAGAUGUGCUCUUCACUCAUGGCAGAGUGCAAGCAUUGUCAGCAGAAAAUCAAGGAACUGGAGUUGGAAGUACUGAAACAGACUCAGAGCAUUAAAUCACAGAACAACCUACAGGAAAAGCUGGCUCAGGAGAAAUCUAAAGUUGCUGAUGCAGAGGAAAAGAUUUUGGACCUGCAGCAGAAAUUAGAACAUGCUCAUAAAGUCUGUCUCACAGACACUUGUAUUUCAGAGAAGCAGCAGCUAGAGGAAAAGAUAAAAGAAGCAACAGAAAAUGAAGCUAAAGUAAAGCAACAAUAUCAAGAAGAACAACAGAAGGGGAAACUCCUAUAUCAGAAUGUAGAUGAGUUACACAGGCAAGUGAGAACCUUAAAAGAUAAAGAAAAUCUCCUGGAAAUGACCUGUUCUCAGCAACAAGCCAGAAUUCAGCAACAAGAGGCCCUACUUUCACAACUGGAAAAUGAGAAAAGAAAAUAUGCUGAGCAUGUCAACAGCAACCAGGAAUUAUCAGAGAGGCUGUCUAAGCUACAGCAAGAGAAAGAAGCUCUACAUGAAGAAUAUGUGCGAUUAUUGAAGCUGCUUAAUGUCCAUGUGAGAAACUAUAAUGAGAAACAUCACCAACACAAAAUCAAGCUUCAAGAAGUCAAGUAUCGUUUAACUAAUGAAGUAGAACGACGAGAUAAGAGAAUUAACCAAUUUGAAGAUGAAAUUGGAAUCCUGCAACAUAAAAUAGAAACGGAGAAGGCAAUACAGGACCAGAUCACUGCCCAAAAUGAUACCCUGAUUUUAGAAAAAAGGAAACUUCUGGAGCAAGUCAUAGAGCAAGAACAUUUGAUCCACAGCAACAAAUGUACAAUAUCUUCAAUCCAAAGCAGGGUACUUCACAUGGAUAAAGAAAAUAAGCAAUUACAUGAAAAUAGUAUUCAUCUCACACAGCAGAUUCGCUUCUUAGAGCGAAUUAUAAGGAGCAUUCAUAUUCGCAGAGGAGAGAAUCUUAAGGCGUUUCCUGUUCCAAAAUGGUGGCAUAGAGGCAAGCUGGCUUCUCUCCUCCCAACAAAAAGAGAGAAAGAAAUAUACAGCACUGAGGUCGUCACCAGCAAUAAUGCAGAGCUCCAGCAUGAGGAUGAGUCCAUUCCUGAGGUCAUAGAGAAGUGGAAACACUCUGAGCAUAUGGAAACAACAAUUAGUGACAUCUUUGAAUCUGAAGUAAUGAAUGAAGUAUUGCCUUUAUCAAACUCCAGUUUUUCAGGAAAAGGUUUGGUAGAGUCAUUUGUAAGUCUUCAAGAGACUGAAGAGAUUAAGUCAAAAGAAGCAAUGGCAAGUUCAAAGUCCCCUGAGAAUCUUUUGUGUUCACAGAAUUCUGAGGCUGGAUACAUAAAGUCUCUGAAAGAGACACAUGGUAUACAAGAACAAGACCAAAGUCAGAGCUAUAAAAUCACUGCUGCCUAAAACUAUACCGAACAAAAUUGCUAACUUAAAGCCUGGACACAAAAGUGCACCAUGACAUUGAGAAGAGUUACCACAGAUCCCAAAUGGAUGUCAACCAAGUGUCUUCAAAAUUGCUGAUAAAUUCAUUAAAGCCAUUCUAAAAAUGGA